GGUGUGGAAACAGGGAAGAACGUUCACAGAAAGAACAAGAACACUCUCAGAAAAUCAAUAGACCAUCAUUCAGAAACUCCCUUCAAGGUUUCUUCAUUCCGCCAGCCUGAAGGGUGCCCCACUCAACUGUGGCCACGAAGAGCUUUCGAUUCCCAGAUUAUUUUUAUAAUUAGUGGCAGUGCAACUUCGGAUACACGACUCAGUAAGACUACUUACCUAGCAUUAAACUUGGCAAUGGCAUCUUCAAUUGCUUUUUCUACGGUUGAUUAA